GUUGCCGUUGGGAGGCGCGCCGCGCCGGCCGCGUCCCUGCUGGCGGGACCUGGAAACGGCGCCGUGCUUCCCGGCGCUUCCCGGCGCUUCCCAGCGGCCGUGCUCGCCCCGGCUGUCCGGAGCGGCCCCGGGGUGCUGCUGCUGGAGCUCUGUUCUGACCUUGUUCACCCAGCCCUUCCUGCCAGAUUGCAAUGUUUUUAUGAUAUGGAAGAAUCAUCUUGGAAGCUUGUGAAGUGAAUGUAUCGUACAGUCAACGAUUCAUUCUCCAGAGUUUAUAGUUUAUGCAGCUUGAAAAGCUGUCUAUUGGCCAUCAUGAGUUCAUCCUCUCCAGUCAACUACUCUGUCACAGAAGCUAGAAGAUUACAUAAUGAGGAAUGUGAAUUACUACAGAGGAGCAAUAAGUCGGAAUUGGAUUCUGUUUUAGGUCUGAAAUGGAAACUUCUUCAAGCUAAAGAGGAAAAUUUGGACUUAACUAUUCAACACAAUCAAGAAGUGUCCAACUAUGAAAAACAGAUAAUCAAAUUACGGUCAGAAUUUGAGAGAGGAGAGGCUAUUCGACAAGGUCUGGAGUAUGAAUUGGCAGUUGCCAGAAAAGGUGCCCAUCUGAAAAUGUGUACUGCAGAGGAAGAAUUAAAUGAUGCAAAAAACAAACUCGUGGAACUGCAAGUACUCAAUGAAAACCUUCAGCAGAAAGUGACAGAGACUGAGAAAACAUUUCAUAAUGCUCAACAGAAGUGGGAAGAAGAGCAGCAAAGACUUGCAAAGGAGCUGAAUAAUGAACUGCAAAAUGUGCGCAAGAAAUUGAGAGAUGUGGAGGUGGAACACAGUGGCUGUAAUGAGGUGCUGAGAUGCCAGGCCAAUGAACUUAAAUGCAGCACUGAACGAGAGAAGAGACUUUUAAAGGAACUUGAAGCAGCUGCAGUGAGAACAAAGAAACUGGAAGAAGACAUUGAAGCAGAGAGAGCAGCACAUUUAGCAUCCAGUUUUACUUCAGAGAUCAUUCAGUUAAGAAUUCGAGAACUUGAAGAAGCUGUGCGUAUGGAAAAGGACAGACGAGAAGAAGCUCUUUCAGAUUUAGAAAUUAUCAAGAAAGAGUUCAAAGGGUUAGAAUAUGCAUAUGAGAGAGAAAAACACAGCGCCCAGGAGAACUUGGAAAAACUCAAUCUAUUAGAAAAAGAGUGUUUAUCCUCAAACAAUCAAAUGAAAGAAAUGAUUGAGGAAAAGAAGAAGGUAAUUAUGGACCUGUCUGCGAGACUAGAGAAUGCUGAAAAAAGCUGCAGUGAAUUACAGAGCGAACUUGCAAUGGCCAAGAAACACCAGGUCUUUCUAACAGAGACGUAUGAAAACAACAUGAGAGAGCUGGAGUUGCUCUUGGACAGCUUUGCUUUGUCAGGCCAGCGGACAGCAGGCACUUGUGAGGACAAAGAUAAACCUCUGAGCUGCUCUGUCAUUGAGACUUUGAGGUGUACCUUGACAGCUUACCAGAACAAGCUGGAAGAUACAUCUAAUGAGCUUGAGAAAAUGAAGGCUUUGUGUAAAAAGAUGACACAAGAACUUGAGGUAUCUGAGGAGAAGAUGUGUGCUUUAAGACAAGACCUGAAGGAAGCUCAGGAUACCAUGGCUGAUGCCAAUAAAGAGUUAAACUAUCUGCACACUAAGUGUGCAGACAGAGAGACUUUAAUAGAAACUUUAAAAAUGGAACUACAGGAUGUACAGCAAUGCUGGGAGAAAGAGCAAGUACGUGCCACAGAAUUUGAAAAUGAAAUCCAGAAGCUUACCAGGGCUUACCAGAAGGAUAUGGAGGAGAAACUAACCUUCCUUCAUAGCUUAUACCAGCAUUUGAUAGCAGGCUGUGUGCUUAUAAAACAACCAGAAGGCAUCCUAGAUAGAUUCUCUUGGCCUGAGCUUUGUGUAAUCUUGCAGGAGAAUGUUGAUGCCCUGAUCUCAGACCUCAACAGGGCUAAUGAGAAGAUAUCUCGCCUGGAAUAUGUUUGUAAAAACAAUUCCAAUACUAUGAAGGAGCUUCAGCAGAGCCAGGAAGAUGCUUUUAACAAAAUGGCUGAACAAAUGAAAGCGCAGGCAAGCUGUUGGCAGAAUGAAAAAAAGUACCUGGAACAGCAGUACUCAGGUCUCCUUGGGGAAGUUCAUGCAAGGGCACAGGAAUACCAAGAAGCAGCAAAGAAAAAUAAGGAAAAAAUUUAUGUCCUUGAAAAAAGUCAAGAGAAAUUGGCUCUUGAAAACAUUUCUGUGAAAAAGAUGCUAACACAGUUUCAAAAGGAGCAUUCCUCCCUCCUAGCAGCCUGUGCACUAUUGGCAGGUGCCCUGUAUCCUCUGUAUGGCCGAUUGUGUGCUAUGUCUUCGCAAAGAGACCUUCUCCAGGAUCAGGCGAACAUUUAUGAAUUAGUAAACCAGAAGAUUAGGACCCUUGUUCAUGCUCUCUCUGAUGAUAAGGAAAACAAUCAAGAUGAAGCAAAACUAAAGAGAAGAAAAUCCCAGGGCCUGAUUUAUGUAUUCCGAAGAGCUGUGAUUGCAGUUUUGGCAGCCAACAGACUUAAGGUUUUAGCACAGUCUUCUAGUUCUCUCUUCACCUGGACAAAUGGCUUAAAAGAAGGCAUUAGAAUUCCAGUUUGUGUAGGAGAAUCCAAAGGCAAACGUAAUCUGUUAAGUUCUGAAGAGGAAGAGCUUGACUGUGUGGAAGCACUCAGCUGGUUUGCUAGUUCCAACCUCCUUGCUGCAAUAAUCAGUUCUGUCACUGAAUUGCAGGAUGUUGUUAACAAACAAGGUACAAAGUCCUGGCUUUCUGGAAAGUUACUGUUAAGUGCAGCCAGGAAUUCAUUUUCAAAACUUAUGGACAAGCUGAAUGUUAUAAUGGAGACGGUUCCAUUAGACCACAGCAAGUACAUUACUUAUCUGGAGAAAGACUCCUUGGUACAGAGCCUGGCUCAUGGACUUAAUAAAAUAAAUACCCAGGCCCUGGAAGCUGGAAUGUGUGACAGAGUAUCCAGUAUGAAAAACAUAGAAUCCUUGCAGAAGCAAAUAUUUGAAUUUACACAAAGACUUCAUACAGCAGAAGUGGAACGCCUCUCACUGCGCCUACAACUUGCAGAAUUCAAAUCAAAUUUCAGCGAGAUAAAAAAAGAAGCAGACAAAGCACAGAGGCUGCAAGAGCAAUUAAAUAUGCUUAAGCAAAAAUUAAUCACCCAUGAGAGGUUUGAAAGUGUAUGUGAAGAAUUAAAUAAUGCAUUACAUCGGGAGCAUCAGGCACAAUUGCUCUUGAAUGAACAAGCACAACAGCUACAGGAGUUAAAUAAUAAACUAGAAUUGCAAUCCAGUGAAGAAGCAGAUAGAACCCAAGUCUUAAGUGAAUCUGUAAAGAGUCUCUCUGAGGCAACGAUGGAGCUGAGACGAAGAGAUCGAUUUCUGCGUCAGCAAAAUAGACUUCUUACCCAGCUGGAGCAGGACAAGCGUCGACUGAGCGAGAGCAUCCGUGAUGCAAAGAGUGCCCUCUGCACGGCAGCAAAAGACAGAGAAUUGAUAAUUAUUCAUAUGAAAGCUGUGGAAGACACUCUUCAUAAGGUCAGAGAUCAGGCCUUGCUGCUGUGUACUGCAGCAGCCACGAAUGACUUCACCCCGGAGCUACCCAAACUGCACCUGGAGACCUUUUCAGAGGAAGGGCUGAAGGGCAGGCCAGAGGCUGCAGCAUUUCAGUAAGAGAACAAAAGGCAGAGUGAGUACAUAUUUCUUUCAUUGUGCUUUUCUGCUUUUCUCUCUGAAUCAGAGAGGGUAAAGGUAGUCAAGUAAAGUGCAAGGGUACUAGGAAGUGAAAAUAUUGCAUAAUGUGUAUACUUUUCUGUAGCAACCUUUCUAAAUUUAUUGCAGAUUUUCAGUUCUAGAUGCAGUGUAUAAUUGCAGAAACAGUGUCACAAAACAAAACAUUCAAGAAAGACAGACGCUAAACUGGAAAUUUCUCACUGUUGCCCUUUUGCAUGCAUUUCUUUCAAUAUGAAAAAUAUUUAAAUUAUAUGUGUAUUAUCACGUUUCCAUAAUAAAGUAGUAAUAUGUAACACUGUGAGAUUCCUGUGCACCUUAGAAGGCACAGCUGUACGUCUCUGGCAGAGGGUAUGUUGCAAAUGCUUCCCCAUACACUGAUGAUCACUUUUAAAGCUGCACAAAAAGCUCCACAGGUGCACCUUUAUUCUAAGAAGCUGUCAUAGAAAUCACCGGCUUUUACCACUCUUAUAAUUUAGAAGCCUCUUUGGUGGUACCUGCUUCUUCUUUUUGGCUCAUCCCAGCUUCCAUACUUUUUUGACCUUCAGCGAUUGCAGAAGCAUUUCCAAGAUAGUCUAUUCUGUCAUUAUUUCUAAGAAUAGGAACAGAAGUAUAAAAAGUAGCAUUUCACAUUUGAACAGAGUACUUAUUUGUGCUGUAGCUAACCCAUAGUAAUGCAUGAGCUACACUGGCAGUGCAAUGAUGUAAACCUACUUUUUGUUUACCUGACAGCUUCAGUUACACUUGGUUACUCUGUGCAUACACAAAGAGCUCCAGUCGUUCAGUGUGUAUCACUGUGAAGUUCCUUUCCUUCUUCCCUUUAUCCUGUUCCCCUUUGCUUCUCUUCCUUCCUCUUCUCUCCCUAUCUCUAGUUAUGUAGUGCUUUUUUGAUAACUUUCUAGGAACACUGUAAAGAUUUUCUUAUGAAAUUUUCCUGUUAUAGCUGGGAGUCAGCUAAUUGAUGCUAAUUCCAUGCAAAACUACAUUAAGAGCAAUCCUGUAAUUUUGAAUGAGGUAAACUGUGAGAAAUCACUUUAUGCAUGCUUCUCUUUAAAACCAGUGGAAUUCCUUGCCUGCAUGUUCUCUAGAGCUGCUAUAGCAGUUCUCUAGAACUCUAGUUCUCUAGAACUGCUAUACCACAGUUAGUCUGUAAUAAGUACGACUCGGUUAAAGGCCUUAUUAUUUACAAGUGUUAGACAUCAUUUAAAUUUAUUGAUAUUUGAUAGUAUAUUUUUUUAAAAUUGCAUGAGAAAUUAAGAUCUUAAAUUGGACAGUGUGAUAGGGAUGAAGCACUGGUUGUUGGAACUGUUGAGUACUGACAGAACAUGACAUUGUCCUGUUUUUAUUAUUCAUGCAUUCAGUUUGUAGUAGGUGGCUGAGAUCAGGAAUUACUUAUAUUUCCAUUGGUCUGAGUGUAUCACUUCUUCAUUGUAUGGAAGUGGCAUGUGUCUUUUAAAAAAAUGUACCCUCUAGUUUCAACCUCGAGGUAAUGAAAUGAAAUAUUUGGAGACACCAUUCUGUAUAUCUUCUCCAAAGCCUGCACUCUAUAGAAUGGCUCCUAAAUUGCAAGGACAUGUAGCAGGUUGAAAUGUUAAGUUAUUCAACAAGCAUAUCCGUGCACUAAGCAUCUUCUAAAGCACCUAAGCAGCUUCUAAAGCAAGUAGUGAAAGUAUGACUUAAUUUCUAGGCAUUUGUUAAAUUCUUGAGGACUGCAGGAGAAUUACUAUAGUCGUUUGAAAAUGUUACUUUGAUUGGAUAAAAAAUGAAAAAGGUGUAAUAUCUUUAAGAUUAAAAUGUGAUUGCUAUAGCUUUGAAAAACUCUCACCUAAUAUUUAAUUGCUGUGAAGAAUGUUAUGUCACAAAAUUGUACUAUUUGUUAUUUAAGUUUGAAGUGAAAAAUUAUACUGUUGUUUUCAAGCAUCUGGAAUACAGUGAACACAGCAUUUAAGGUGUGCCAUUCUGGCCAUGCUCUGAUGUUCCUACUGGAGACAAAUAGUGGAACCAUUUGUGAAGCCUCCUAUGAAUACAGGAUAUAGGGUUCAACAGGCAACUAAAAUGACAUGGUAUUGCCAAUUCUAGUAGUCUUGCUUGGCAGAUGACUAUUUAAAUUAACCAGUAGAGGUUAUCAAUUCUUUAUAAAGUAUAAAGUUCUAUUGUGUUCCAUCUUUAGAAUGAGGCUAAAGUUAAUCAAUAAUCUUAACACUCUCUUCUUUUUUGACUCACAGAGAAAGUGGGCAUCCAGAAAACUAAUUUUGAAUUGUCUCAAGUACUUUCACAUUGAAAAUGUAAUUGAUACUAAUGCCAAGCAUUUUUACCCAAAGACAAUUCAUAAAUCCCCCAAAUCAAUCCAAUGAGAUUUAAAUGUUUAUGUAUAAAUAAUUGAGCAUUAGUACAUUAUCAGUUUGGGGUUCUUCUAUUUGAAGAGAUAGACACAGAAAGGUAGAAACUAGUACAAAAGAAACUUCUUGAAGCAAAUUUAGGUACUUCAGACACAUAUGUUAAUGUUAUGUCUUAAAGGAAUUAUAGUUGAUUUGUGCUAAAAUAACUUCUAAAUAUUUAUCAGCAUGAUCCAUCCUAUCUGAAGACAUGACUUCAGGUACUAGUAGAACACAGAAGAGAAACUGGAAACGGAUCUGGGAGUGCUGGUUGUCACCACUGUGUCCAGGUGACCAAGAAGGCCAAUGGCAUUCUUGCCUGGAUCAGCAGUAGUGUGGCCAGCAGGACCAGGGCAGUGACAGUCCCCAUGUACUCAGCACCUUAAAUGCUGUGUCCAGUUCUGGGCCCCUCCCUCACUCACUACAGGACAGACAUUGAGGGGCUGGAGUAUGUCCAGAGAAGGGCAACAGAGCUGGGGAAGGGUCUGGAGCACAAGUCUUGUGAGGAGUGGCUGAAAGAGCCAGUGUUGUGUAGCUUGGGGAAAAGGAGGCUCAGGGGAUACCUGUCCUGGCUUAAAGAACAGGUGUCUGCCAAGGAAGGUGGGAAUCUCCCUUGGAAUGGAAAAUGUAAGCCCCUUCCCUCCAAAUUAUUACAACUUUAAAAUUAUGGGGCUUUCAGGCAAAGAUAUAGGAAAAGGAAUAACAUUUUUUUAUGUAUAUGUAUAACAAGACAAACAGCAGCAGCUGUGGCACUGACAGCCGCCAGAACACAAACCCGCUCCCAGCCCUCUCUCGGCCGCAGGCGCCUUCCCCGGUGGUGCAGUUCCACUCGCAGCCAGCAGGGGCGCUGGUGGCUCCCGGCGGGCAGGGCAGGUGCGGUGACUCCCCGCGGCUGCAGGGGGCGCUGUGGCGCGAGUCCGCCCGCUUCCCUCAUGUAGGCAAUGGCGGACAGGCGGCGGAAAGGGGAUUCCUUUACAAACCCCCUGUGGCAGCCAAGCCCAGUGCCUCUCUGGAUGGACUGCAGCAGGACCCUUGGAGCAGCCAGCUGGAACAGCAGAGGUUGCUGGUGGCCACACCUAGGCCCACACCAAAGCAAAGACUCCAUAGCCGUGGCAGGAGCUGUGGUAGUCCCAGUAAACACGGGGUGUCAGGUUAAAGUGCAGAAAAACACCCAAAGCAGCUGCAGAAAACAGCAGGGCUGGGCAGCGGCAGGCAGGUUGCUGCAGGCAGCUGCCACAAGCCGCCAGGAGAGUCUCCCUUCAAGAAAGGAUCAGGUCCCCUUCUCAGUGAGGUCGGGUAUUGGAAAGGUCCCCGUUCAACAGCUGCUCUUGUAAGCUGACACUCGCCCAUGAUAAGGAGAUGUAGUGAAAGACAAAAGCUCUGCAGUGGCAGCGAAUCCUCUGGCCUAACAGCCCGGCACCAAAACCACACCUGUGCACUAAGAUCCCAGGAGGGAGAGAGCGGGAGCGAGGCACGGGCCCAGACCCUCACCCCCAGCCAAAAUCUCAUGGUAUCUCUGCACUUCCCAAGAGAAAGCACCUCAGCCAAGAGACAGCAUCAAACUGCACCCUUCCCUCUCCUCCUCCUCCCAGCCACAUCCGUUGUCUCUUAACUAUUCUCAUUAACAUCUCCUAGGCAACAAAUGGGAAAAAAUUUCUUAGAGAAAUUAAAAAAACCAAAAAAUUCUAACCUCCAACACCUCAUUGCUCUCCACAGCUACCUGAAAGGAGGUUGUAAUCAGGUUGUAGUCAGUCUCUUCUCCCAGGCAGCUAGCAACAGGACAAGAGGACAUAGGCUCCAUCUGUGCCUGUGGAGUUUCAUGCUGGACACCAGAAAGGUGGUAAUGCAUUGAAAUGGAUUUACCAGGAAUAUGAUGGAAUCACCAUCCUUGGAGGUAUUCAAGGAGCAGCUGGAUGUGGGAUUUGGUGUUAUGGUUUGUUGGUGUGGUGGUGUUUGGUCAAGGGUUGAUGAUCUUGGAGGUCUUUUCCAGCAGUAACAAUUCCAUGGGUUUGAGAUGGUUAAGUUUUCGCUUUGUGAAAACCUCUCUGCCUCUCUCUGUUUUUGUCUCUCUCUGCCACACGCUCUCCUGCUCUGCUGCCUGUCCAUGUAUCCUAUCUGCACACUCCCCAUUGCAUGCAUGCCCUCCUGGCUGUGCACUUGCUGCUGUGUGCACACCGACCACGUGCACCCACUCUCUAGUGCUUUUGCUUUCCCUCUCCCUGCAUGCCUGCUCUUCUUGUGCUACAGAUUCUUGAGCUUUCCUUCAGUCAGUCUCUGUGGUCUACUCUGCCUCGGUCUCGCUCUCUCUUCUGCUUCCUGUGCCUCUUUCCCACUCAUCUUCCUUGCUCAGUCAGUCUUUCUGUCCCUCCUGUCCCUCUGCCUCUCCCUUCCACCUGCCCCAUCUUGCUCCCUCUAUCUUCAGCAUGUAUCUGUCUGUUCAUGCAGGUUUAGGAAGUCCACAUGGGAUUUAUAUGUACUUCUUUGCUGUUCUUAGGUGUUUUUAGGUUAUUUAAGAUGAAAAGUGCAGUAAUAAAAUGAAGGCUUAUAGUUUUAGAAGUAAUAUAGUCAACUACUGACAUAUAUUCAGUGUUAACAUAUAAUCAUUAUAAAUUUACGAAGAACGCGGUUCUUACCAUUUAUGCAUUCAUACAGGAUUUUGUCAUCCAUUAUCUAAUUGUGCUGUAGGUCCACUUUUUCUAAUUAAUUGGACAAACAUAAAUGUAGUUUUAGGAGCUUCCUAAUUUGUAUUUAUUUUCACUUGUUUAUUAAUUUUAGAUUUAUGCUUGAUAGAUUAGAUGGUGAAAGAUAUGCAUAAUUCUGCUGAUAAUUUUCCUCAAAAUAAUAAACACUUUUUCAUUUCUGUGUUCACUUGUCAAUAAAAAAGUUCUUACCAAAUUGAGGAAGCAAGUGAUUUCAAAGGUAACAUUAUAAUUCUGUCAUCAUAUCUUAUCCUGUGUGUAGGGCUUGUCUUUCAAACAUAAAUCAGUUCUGAUAAGAGGACUUAAUGAGAUGAAUUAAUCUUAGAGCAGCUGCUUAAAAACAGUAUUACUAGUAUGUUAAAUCUUGUACUUCUGUUAUAAAGUUUUUUUUUCUUUUAUUAACAUGGCUGUUAAAAAAAUUCCCUUAAUACUUUAGAUAAAAGAAAUGGUUUCUAGAGUCUUAAAGAUGUAUCAUGCACACUCUUGUAGUGUUUUA